AUGACGUUCACGAAGCUAACUAUGUCGUCGGGCCCCCAAACUCUGCGGUAUCUGGCUUCAGCACUGAUAACGUCGUUUAUCCUCUUCUUCCUAGCUCGUUACUUAUGGCGACUAAUAUAUCAAUCUCCAAGCUCAGUGCCAGGACCGCUACUUGCUCGUGUUUCUCGACUCUGGUACCUUAUUCAAGUUCGCAGGGGCGAUUGGCAUAGAGUGAUUGUGAAGCAGCACCGUAAACACGGUCCCAUUAUUCGUAUGGCUCCCAAUUAUUAUUCCAUCGACGAUCCUGCGGCCAUUAAAAUUCUCUACGGUACCGGUACUACAUUCACUAAAGGCCCCUGGUAUACAGUCCCAGGUGAUCCCAGUCUGCAGAUUCGAGACGUCUUCACAGACAUGGAUCCUAAGUCACACGCGGCACAUCGACGUCAGAUAGCUCCAUUGUAUUCUGUUACUUCACUUUUGAAAAUGGAAUCGGCCGUGAAUGAGUGUAUACGGGAGCUGGAUGCCAGGUUUGCGGAGAUAUUGCGCUCCGAGAAUAUUAUUAACCUACAGUGGUGGCUUCAAUGUUAUGCUUUUGACGUAAUUGGCUAUAUCUCGUUUGGAAGGCGCUUUGGCUUCCUGGACAAUGGCAAAGAUCCCCUGAAUUUGAUUGCCGCUCUACACUCGGGUCUUAAAUAUGUCGCAACCGUCGGUGUUUACCCAGAGUGGCACAGCUUUCUCUUCAGAAUAAUGAGAUACCUUGGGACAAAUCCAAUAACAAAGACAAUGAAGUUUGCUAAUGAGAAGAUACAAGAACGCAAGAAGGCGAUCGAAACUGAAGGCCUAGACUCGCACGUCGACGACUUUAUGACCAAGGUGUUAAAGAUUCACCAAGAAGAUCCGAUCAGUUUCCCCAUGGAGAAAGUCUUCUCCACAUGUUUUCAAAACAUAGGUGCCGGAAGCGACACAACAAGUAUUAGUCUCUCCGGUCUUAUGUGGUAUCUAAUCACCAAUCCGGGACCUCUUGAGAAGCUGCGAGCAGAAAUCGACGAAAGAAUCCCGCAAGGCCAGCUUUCCGACCCUCCUACAUUCUCAGAAACACAGGACAUGCCUUAUCUUCAGGCCGCUAUUCAAGAGGGCCUACGGAUGCAUCCUGCGGCAGCAUUUCCGCUUGUCAGAGUCGUGCCCAAGGGAGGGGCAAUGAUUGCGGGAAAGUUCUUCCCAGAAGGCGCUAGCGUAGCGGUUAAUUGCUGGGUGGCACAUUACAAUAAACAAGUCUUUGGUGAUGAUGCAGACCAGUUCCGACCAGAGAGGUGGCUUACUGAGAAAGAACAAGUCUCGCUGAUGAAGAGAUACUGGAUCCCUUUCGGCCACGGUGCCGGAACUUGCUUGGGCAAGAACAUCAGUUUAAUGGAAAUUUCAAAGGUGGUACCAUACAUCCUUCACAAGUAUGAUUUCAAGCUCGCCGAUCCAAGCGCUGAGCUCAAGUGCGACUACGUCAGCUUCGUCCAGCCUCAGAAUUUGAACGUGCGAAUCAGUCCACGGAGCAGGGGAGAAUCGGCAAUCCGUGCUUAG